AUGGGUGACUGGAGCUUUCUGGGGAGACUGUUAGAGAAUGCGCAGGAGCACUCCACGGUUAUUGGCAAGGUUUGGCUGACGGUACUGUUUAUCUUCAGGAUACUGGUGCUGGGGGCCGCUGCUGAGGAGGUCUGGGGAGAUGAGCAGUCAGACUUUACAUGCAACACUCAGCAACCUGGUUGCGAAAAUGUUUGCUAUGACAAAGCCUUCCCCAUUUCUCACAUCCGCUUCUGGGUGCUGCAGAUCAUUUUUGUCUCCACUCCAACCCUCAUCUACCUGGGCCAUGUGCUGCACAUUGUACGAAUGGAGGAGAAGAGGAAAGAGAAAGAAGAGCUGAAAAAGAAAGCAAGCGUCAAAGAGACCAACUACCCAGGAGCAGCAGCGUCUGGCAGUGGUGGUGGAGGAGGCAGCAAUAACAUCAAGGAUCCUCUUGGCAAAAGGGGGAAGGAGAAGCUCCCAAUCCGUGAUGAACGUGGUAGAAUCCGUAUGGGGGGUGCCCUGCUCCGUACCUACGUCUUCAACAUCAUUUUCAAGACACUGUUUGAGGUGGGCUUCAUUGUGGGCCAGUACUUCCUAUAUGGCUUCGAGCUAAAGCCUGUCUACCAGUGCAGCCGCUCACCUUGCCCACACACUGUGGACUGCUUCAUCUCAAGGCCCACUGAGAAGACUAUCUUCAUCAUCUUCAUGUUGGUGGUGGCCUCUGUCUCCCUGCUGCUGAACAUGCUUGAGAUAUAUCACUUGGGGUGGAAGAAACUUAAGCAGGGCAUGACAAGCAGAUACAGCCUUGAGAUGCCUGUUGCAACAAUGACACCAGUCAUGGUAACAGGGGAGUCCAAACCUGUUGCCCUGCCACCACCAGCACCACCCGUGGUGGUAACAACUGCCACACCCCACCCUGUUCUUCCUGACACCCGUGCCGUCACACCGCUGCUGGCCCCGGUGACCAUGGCAUCGUACUAUCCUGCAGCUGCUCCAAGACCACGGCCCCCUUCCAACAUGGCCUCCAUGGCCAGCUACACUGUUGCUCCACCAGUUCCUGAGGAGAGGUACCGUGCUGUGACUCCCACGCCCAUCUCCACUCCCGUCACCAUCCCGACCCCCAUCCCCACACCCACGCCAGCUGUCAUCAACUACUUCAGCAGCAACAGCCGCGCGCUGGCAGCCGAGCAGAACUGGGCCAACAUGGCAGCUGAGCAGCAGGGGAAGGUGCCCUCCAGCUCGGCAGGCUCCUCUACUCCCAGCAGUGUCCGGCAUCCCCUUCCCGAGCAGGAGGAGCCACUGGAGCAGCUACUCCCACCCCCAGCUGGGCCGCCCAUUGCUGUGGCCAACAGCGGCGGCAGCAGCACUGGCCUGAGUGGGGCAAGUGGCAGCAAGUGGGAUGUGGAGGGUGAGGAGGAGCUGUCAGAGCAACGGCCCGUCUCAGCUGCCUGCACCACCGUGGAGAUGCAUGAGCCACCGCUGCUCGUAGACACACGGCGCUUGAGCAGGGCCAGUAAGUCGAGCAGCUGCAGAGCCAGGUCAGACGACCUGGCCGUGUAG